AUGUCUAAUGAAGAAAGACUCUAAUCUUUACAAAAUUGGAAAGCCUCCUUAGAAUUAAAGAAAAUACUUAAUAAUUAAGGGUAUUGAUUAAAUUUAUUAUCUUAUUAGAAUUGAUCAUCAAAAUUAAGAUUAUUUAGCUUAAUUGACAUAUAAAAUAGCUGAAAGAGCUUUUGGAAGUUAAAGCAAAAAUAAUCUUGAAAGCAAAGUUUGUGAAAUGGUUGAAUAAUAAACAUGUGCAAUUUGCUUUGAAUUAAUGGUACCUCCCUAAUAUUCACCUAUAUUAUUAUUUCCAUGUGGUCAUUCAUUUUGUAAAAAUUGUGUAUUAGAUGGUACAAAAUUAAGAAUUAAUAAAUGCAGUCUAUGCAGAUCAAAAAUCAGUGCUCAUGCAAUUAAUUUGAGUCUCUAAAAUUUAAUAUGUACCUUUGCAGAAUAAAAAUAAUAAAAUCCUAAACAAACAUAAUAGAUUUCAGUUCAAGAUAAUGUAAAUAUGCCGAAAGACAGUGCAUUUACUAAUCAAUACAAAAUGUUUAAAUUAAGAUGUGAUAUUCUUGAAUAAGAAAAAUAACAACUCUAAAAUUAAACAAAAGAAUUAUAAAGUGAAUUAGUAGAACUUGAAAAAAAAGUAGGGUCUCUAUAAACAGAGAGAGAAAAGAUCAUCUCAAAAUAAGCUAUGCUUUAAAAUAAUGUAUUUCUCAACUUUUUUUAUUUUAGUUAGAUGAAGUUAAUAAAGGACUUUAAUCUAUUGUUGACAGAAGCAAGACCAUUACUGUUAAAAUAUAUAAUAUUUAAGAGUAAAUGAAAAUUUUAGAUGAAACUAUGAAACCUCUUAAAUAGGAGAUGAAUAAAUAUGAAGUUUUAGCCAAAUCUACUUGAG